AGAUUUCUAAAAAGGUACCUAUAGUGAAAGUAGGCAUACUUCCGAGAACAAUGAUACAUUAGUUUUGAUUAAUGUGCACCUAUAUUUUGUUUGUACACGUCAUUUGAGGAAUGAUAUAAUAAGCUCAACUAGAAGAUAUGUACAAGGCGACCCGACAAGAAUUAGACAAUGGAUGAAGAAGAAGAAGAAGAGAAGAUGGAGGAGGCCAGACAGUGGUCAUCGUUUGUGAUGGACGAUGCACUGCAAAGCAAAGAAAAGAUUAAGGAAAAACUUAAACAGCUACAAGAAGAUUUAGACGAGAAAGUUGAUGUGAAAAAAGAGAAUGUACGAAACUUUAACUUUAUUUCCUAUCUACAUUGGAGAUUAGGAGACAGGGAAAAAGCAUUUGAUGCUUUGAAGCAUGCUGAAGAGCUAGAGAACGAACCAAAUUUGAUCACUCAUUGCAACAAAAUAUUAUUUUUCAAGGGGCUUGAAAAGCAUUACCGCUCAAAAGAACUAUUAGAAAUUCUGAAAAAUUCUAAGGACUUUAAAAGCAUAAGGACACAGUCUCGAGCGACUGCAGAAAUUGGGUACUGUUUUUCUCGACUAGGUCCACAACACUACGAUAGAGCAGUGCGACUUUUUAAGAAAGCAAUUGCAGGUAUGGCACCGGAAAGAAAUAUUCUUUGGGAAUAUGGACUUGCAUUGACUUUACGCAGACAAUCACAUAUCUUUCAUAUGACAAAACCAGAACAAUUUAGACCUGAUGAGAAAAAGAAAGAAGCCGCCAAUCUAUUAUAUGAGAUUAUAGAACUUCAAACUGACAAUUGUUGUCGUAUAAAAGCAAGAGCAUGGUGUGAAUUGAAUAGAAUAAUAUUUAGAUCUAAUUUAUUUGAAGUAAUAAACAAAAACAAGAAAGAAACGGUGAAAAUAGAUCAAAAGAGAUGUUUUGAGGAAGCAAUAAAGUUGUGCCCGAAAGAAUACUUCGUUUUGGAGAAAUAUGGCGUAUAUCUAAGGUACACACGAAAUCUAGAAAAAUCGAAAGAAGUGUUAGAAAGUGCUAUGCAAUUUAGAGAAACAGCGUUUUCAAGGCACCAUUUGGCAUUGACCUUAAAGAAAAUGGUAGAGGUGGCCACUCCGAGGCCAGCUUGCAGUAGAAAUUUACAGCAUUUUUAUUCCAUGCCAGAAAGACAAGAUUCAACAUACGAUAGUGGUAUAUUUAGCAUGACAGAAGGAUUUGAAUCAUUGUCAGUCGUUCCAAAACACACGGAUUGUACAGGCAAAUCAAUACCUCAUGAUGGUGCACAAUUGCAAAUGAAGCAAGCUAGUUAUAAACCUAAGAUUCAAAGAUCAAAAUCGUCUGGUUGGAUGAAACAACACAAAAUCCGUUCGGGGAAAUAUGAUACUACAUGUACUACUCCACAUCAUUAUCAAACUAAUAGUACUAGUAUUAGAUAUUUUUCGAUUCCAAAGCUUGACAAUUCGUCAAAGUCUCCUUUAAAGUCACAAUGCAAAACGGAUACCGUAGACAGGAACCAAAUUCAUCAAGAGUCUACGUGCUUUCAGGAACGAAAGAUUGUACCAUUUUAUCGGAACCAAUCACCAGCCAACAUUGAGAAGCAAUCUUUCAUAUCCGCGAGGAAAUCGCCAAGAUCAGUAUGUGUGUCUCCGGGUAAUCCGUUAUUGGCACAAGCAGUUAAACACCUUCAAAGAGCUAUUGAGAUAUGUGAAGGAUUUGACGUUGCAAGAUAUGAAUUAGGGUUAAUAUACCGGAUGCUAGAAAAACCAGACGAAGCUCUGGAUUAUUUUUCUUUCAUUACAUCAAACAACUGCGGAAAGCCGUCAGAAUACCCAAUGACUUUAAUCAACGCAUACGAGCAACAGUCAAUUUGCAAGCUUCAUUUAAGUUAUAGAGAAACUGACCCUAAGAAAAAGGAAGAACUAGAAUUUGAUGCAAAGAAAUGCAUGUGGAAGGCUCUUUCUAUUAUAUCAGCAGUCAUUGGAACAAUACCAUUGUUGAAAACAACAAACCAGUGCUUUCCAACACUCAAAAAAUUAUUGCAAAAGGGAGAAAAAUCUUCUAAAACGAUCAAAGAGCUUGCGAAACUACACGAACUAAUGGACUAUAACGAAGAAGCCAUAACAUUUUACCAGCAAAUCGUUGAUGUGGAACGCAAUGAUUCAGCAACUAUUAAAAAACUUGCACAAAACUAUAUGAAGGUCGGAGACUUUGAGAAUGCUAUUCGGACUUCAUCCCUACUCCAGUACGCAAAGGAUCCUGACAUUUCCGACAAAUCAUUUUUUGUUGAUACGUGCAUAAAGGGAGCAUUGGAUUCGUUGAGAAAACCUGAUUUGGAAGAGGCAAAAAUAAGAUUUUUAACGGCUUACAGUCAAAUUUUUUCUCAUCUCAAUGUGUCUGUGACCAAAGAGGAGGACGAUGAAAGUCCGCCGGACAUUCUCGUUUUACACAACUGUGGUGAUGAUGGUUGUUGUUACCAGAAAUAUGUUAGGUCUGUGUUGGAGUCAUUUGUGAAGUUAAAAUGUGUCGUAAAUGACGAGGAUUGUCUACCAGGUUGUCGUCAAAUGGUUUACCUGAACAAAACAAUGCUCGAAUCCCGCUGUAUAUGUAUGAUUCUUCACGAAAGUAAUGAUGAUGUAAAUACAGAUGAAUUCUGGGAUCGAACAUUGGAAAUAGCGUCUGUGAAACAUCGAGCAAAAAUUCUCCAAAUCAGGACAGAGGGGGUGCCACCGGAGGAUCCAGGGUGUAAAGAAGUAGUCCUGCCGUGUGAUUGCCGUGACACUGUCCACAAUGAUAGCAGCCAACUUUUGUUGCGAGGGGAACUAUUCUCAGAGAUGCUGGUCCAAAUGUCGCAUAUGUUUAGAGAGAAAACAAUUUAAAACAAUCGAACAUUUGAAAUACUUGUAUAUUGUAAGUUUGGAGGGUUAAAUUAAAAGAUGAUCAAAACGUACAGACUUAAACAGACUUAAUAUUCAGUCUGUGAUAAUUGGAAGUUUAAAUGCAGAAUGUGAUAUGUCAUAUCAAUGAUUUAUGAUCAUGCUUAAUGUGAAGUUGACAGAUAACUUAUUUAGUUGUUACAUGUACAUAUCAUAAACUUUGUCAAUAAAUGAACAAUGUACGUAUGUGAUGUAAACAUAUUUUUCAGUUGAAAAAAUACUUGCACAAUGAUAUCAUCAAUAAUAAAAUCAUUUUAAUAAUAAUAUUUCCUGUACAUUUUAAAGAAGCGAUGGUCACACUGUUUAAAAUGAUAUAUGCAUGACUGAUGUACAUAUAUACAGGGUAGUCUGACAAUCACCGUUUAAAUGAAAUCCAUAUAAUUGCAUUAUAUUGCUCGGUUGUUUUAAUUUAUCUGUUGAUUCAAUAUUAUAGUUGACUUUCAUAAUAAAGAGUGAUUUUGUCAAAAU